GGCUAAUUGUUUAAAUCUAUUUUUCUUUUGUCUAUACCGUUUGAUGUGAGUUUCUUUGACCAUUUUUUUCACAUUUUGGAUGAAGGGAAUUUUGAAGUCUGUUAACAAUCUCUUAGACCUGAAAAUAGAUAUUAAAUACAUAUUAUUUAAUGUCUGUUGUAUACAAUGCUCCCUUUAUUGUCCUCUCCUUUUUGCCCCCCUUCUUUUUUGUAACUUCUUUGGGCUUUUUGAUAUUGAUGAGGACACAUUGUUUUUGGAAGGUGUGAGAUAUGAUUGGUCUAAUAAGACAGAUAACUUAGCAUUUGGUUUACGACUUAAAGAUUUUCAUCAAUGUCAAUUAUAUGUUAUGAGGAUUUUGCUAGUUUUUAGAGUGUUGCAGACUGCAGAAGUGUUUCACGCUUUGCUUGUCCUCUGAAGAAACAUGAACUAUGAUGCACUUAUUUUAUAUUUCAAUGGCUUCUGAAAGGAAGAAUAUGGGUGGGCAUGGACUGAUCCAAUUGAAAAUGGGAAUUUUAUACAUGGAACAUGUAAGGGUGGAAUCAAAACUGACCAGAACCAUCCGGUUCCGGUUUGGUUCUAAAAAACCAUUUUUUAUUUUUAACAAAACAAAAACCUGUGCUACACAUUCAAUUUCCCUCACAUUCCCACAAUGCAGUAAAAGGAAAAAUAAUUGUAGAAAAAUCAUAUAAAGUCGGUGUCCGUAUAGAAAUUGUUACUGCUGAUAGUCUUGGUAGGAGAAAAAGGUUAUGUAUAAGAUGGCGUGUGAUAAAUUUUCUGUGGAAAGUGAUAUAGAACAGAAAAUCUCCGAAGUGAGUCUUUUCCUGUGCCUGGGAUGCUUCUAGGUGGCGUUCUUAGUGCUGAUUGUCUUUGGAGUAAAAGGAUUUGGAUAAGUUGGUAAACAUGUGCAAGGAGCCUGGGAGGAUGUCAUCCAACUUCUGUGCAUUGCAGAGUGGCUGGCUGGAGACUUGGCCCUUUUUUGGCCUCGAUUAAAAUUUUAAUACAGUUUUCUUUCUCUUCUUUUCAACCACUCAUUCUCCAAUAAAAUAAUAUUACACGUAAGUUGAAAACUUUUCGUUCUUCUUUAACCGUCCAUUCUCCAAAAAAAUAUCAUUCCAAAUAUUAAAAUUUCAAAUAAUGGGAGCCAAACGGGGACUUAUAACUACACUAUCACCGGUUAAAUGUGUAUUGGAAAUCUUGAUUGAGGGGUAGGGUGCCUUGCUGUAGGAUGGUAUGGAAAUGGGUGCUUUACUGCAUCUUCUGGACUUUUUCAGGAAUAAGAAUUGGAUGUCAUUCCUGAAGUUAUGGUUCCAUCUCCUCUUGCAUGUUUUCAAGGAAUGAUGAUCUUUGUUCUUAAUUUGAAUGUGUUGAUUUAUAAAAUAAGUUUGAAUUUGAGGCUUGAGGUUUACUGAACUCUCAGCAUUCAUAUUAUUCAUUUGGCAUCAUUAUGUGCCUGUUGUUCUUAAUUUUGUUAAUCUGACUAUAUAUAUUUUGCAACAACCAUUUCUAAGAUUUAGUACAGGGGUAUUCCCCUUGAAUCUUGUUGUACGUUGAACUGAAGACUAUGCUCGAUGAGGGCGUUCAAUAAAAUCAAACUUCUGAAGAUUUAUCGUGGUAGUCAAACGUAGUGCAUGAUGGAAAAAGUAGGCUAAAGGGGGAUCAACUAAUAUAAUCCAAUAUUUUUUUAUCCUGUAUUUAACAUACGUUUGAAUCCUGACAUGAGCGUUGUCUGGUGGAUCAUUUCUUUUGACUUUAUUAUUCUCUGACACCUUGCAAUAGACAAUUAAGAUAAUGAAAAUUUGUUGCUGUUUGGGCAUUCUGUGUUGUCUAUUUUUUAUUUUUAUUUUUUCCUUUAUAUAUGUUUCUCAUAUAUUUGUAUCUUGUUUGAGAAAUUAAAAUGAAAAUCAAAGCAAGGGAAUAUAUCUCAAAUCAAUUGGGACCUUGUUACAGAGUUAUGGCAUGCUAAUUACAAUAUUGACUUGUUUACCUGGUCGAGUCAAUUUGUGCAGGUUGAGGGACCAAAAUCUCCCGAAGAAAUGCUCACUAUACUGCAGAGAGUGCUUGAAGAAAGUGCUCCUGUUCUUGUUUCAUCCAGGCUUGAAGCAGAAGAAAGAAGAAGCAACUUGCGUUUGAGGGAGGAACAGGAUGCUGCCUUCCAAGCAGCACUUGAAGCUGAUCAAGCUAGGGAACGUCAGAAAAAAGAACAAGAAGAACGUUUGGAACGUGAGGCUGCUGAAGCUGAGCAGAAAAGGAAAGAGGAGGAAGAGGCUCGGGAGAGAGCUGCACGUGAAGCUGCUGAAAAAGAAGCUGUAAUAGCUAAGAUGCGUGAAGAGAAAGCUGCAUCUCUAGGUGCAGAACCUGAGAAAGGACCAGAUGUUACCCAAGUUUUGGUUCGUUUUCCAAAUGGAGAGCGCAAGGAGAGAAGGUUUCAUUCUACAGCAACUAUACAAACACUGUACGACUAUGUUGAUUCUUUGGGCUGCUUAGAAGUUGAUAGUUACAGCCUCGCCUCCAACUUUCCUCGCACUGUCUACGGCCCUGACAAACUUCCUUUGUCUCUGAGAGAAGCAAAAUUACAUCCUCAGGCGAGCCUUUUCGUUGAAUCAAACUCAUGAGAAUAAUGUAAUCCCAGAUGAAACUUUGUAGGGAAUUUCCUUUGAUGUGUUUUUCUGAUAGAGACAGCAUGAUCCAAUUAACGAUAUUCUCUGUUCCCAAAUUGUUGAUAUUUGACUUUAUUCUUUCA